GCCCGAUAGGACAUUAGAGCAGCGUCUGCUUUUGUUGUCAUUGUGCGGUGCCAGUUGACUCGUGGUUUGCCUACUCCACAAGUGUUUUCAAAUUCUUGUGCAACGAACUGUUUAGGAAUGGCUGACGAUCUAAGAGACGAAUUUUUACGAAAUGCUGUACGAGCUUACUUAAGGGACAAGAAUGUCAAGUUAUGGAUGUCUCCUUACGUACAAGAAAACGGUGAAACAAAUGUCAACGUCAUGGAGGCAUUAGCUUUAGACUACGCCACACAACUGAAACUGGAAAAGCGUGACUGUCUUGAGGCUCUGCUUAGCCUCCAAGAUAAUGCUAUUAAAAGAAUGAAAGAGCAAGAACAGUUCCGAGCUGGAGGAGUAGCCACUUUGCACAUACGGUUUAGUGGAUUUGGCAAUCUUUCAAAUGAAUCUUUGCCUAGCACUUCGAAAACUGUCGACGACAAAACCAACUCCAAAUCAGUGGCAGAAGUUGAAAUCAGUCUGAAUGCUACUGGAAAAGAGCUAGAGACUGCAGUGUCUGAAAUUUCUGGGAAACCAGCUGACCAGAUCAAACUAGUGUUUAGUGGUCGGGUCAUCAAGAAAGACAUUUGUCUGAAGGACCAGGGACUAAAAAGUUCAUCUAGAAUCAUGGCAAUCGCUCUGAGCACUGAAUCACAUGAGGUUGAGGAGGAUUUAAUGUAUGAAAAACUAUGUGAAAAGACACGGUCAGCUGCAUCUACAUUAUCCAAAGGAAGCAAUGAGUAUGCUUCUUUAGAGCUGGAGAACCAAGUUGGCAACUCUCUAAAACUUGAUCCAAAAGAAAAGGAGGCUCUGUGUCUUGCCCUGGCAUUGCACGAGAGAGGUCGCUCUUCAUUGAAAAGAGGUCACCAUUCAUUGGCACUCCUAUUUUUUUUGGAAGCUGACCGUGAAUUUGGGCAAUGCAACUCUGCUCUUCUUAAAAGUGUUGACAAUGUAGCUCUGCUACAGCUAGAUAUUGUUUGGUGCUACUUGUGCUUGCGUAGCAUGUCACAUAUACCAGAUGCUGAUCAUCGACUGGGCAUGUGUGAAGUUUCCUUGGAACGUAGUUAUGGUAGGAAUAUGGAACGUGUUGCAGCUUUAAAAGGCACAGCUGGUAAUGAAGCAGCACUGCUUAUGCGUCUGCAUUUACUACAAGCUAUUGUUGCUUUUCAUCUCCAUAAAAUUGAUAGAGCCAGGGAGUUAAUUAAUAAAGCUGAAGUAGAAUUAAAAAUGCUUAAAGUCAACACUGAUGAUAUUACGCAGAUAGUUGCUUUAGGUUAUACUACAUCUGAGGCUCUUCUGGGGCUGCGCGCCUGCCAAGGAAAUCUAGAAGCAGCUGUUUCUAAAAUUUGUGAGUGGCAAGAGGAACGCAAACAAGCCAAAGAACAAAAUAGAAAAGAAAGAGCAAAAGAAAAAGAACGUAGGAAACUAGGUAAAACAGCAGAUGGCUCACAGUAUAUUGAACCAGAUUGUGUUUCAACUCUUUGUGGAAUGGGUUAUAAUCGCUAUCUAGCCAUAUCUGCAUUGAAACAUUCUAAUAACAACAUGACCCAAGCUGUGCAUCUUUUGCAAGAACAACCUCACCUUCUUGAUGCAGAGAAGCCGAGUGUACCUGUUACUGCAGAAAACAUUACUCAGAUUGCUGCUAUGGGUUUUGACAUUGAUAUUGCUCGCCUUGCAUUGCGGAAACAUAAUGGAAGUAUUGAAGAUGCAGUAUCAGAUCUAGUCACUAAUGGUGGAAUUAUUACGGUCAAUCCAGAUAAAUUGCUCCCAGAGGAAGAUUCAAAUAGUUCUUCUAGUAACAGUGAUUCUAGCGCUCAGACUAGCACUGCAAAUGACAAUGAGUUUGAAUCGGAAAGAAAGAGGAUGAAACAGAUGGAGGCUGCUUAUGAAUUAGAAAAUGACAUUUCAACUGAGCAAAAUGAUCAUUUGUGUAUCACCUUGGAGGAAGAGGAAACAUUUCUGCAAGAAUAUAAAACCCUUCUAAAUCUGUAGAAUUUCUAUUUCUCUCAGCAUCAAUUAUGAUUCAUUGAAAAAUACUGUUUGUUUGAUCUACCAUUUUAUUUUGAUAUUCAAUUAAGUGUUGAAUAGUGUCAAAGUAUGUACUUUUAUUUGCCUGCCUUGCUUGUGCCAAUAUUUUUCUCAUUAUGUUUAAGUAUUAUCAGUUGUGAGUUCCUUUUUAUUUUGUAUGUUGUGCUGUGACAUAACUUUUUAUAAGUGUUCCUAGAUUUCUGUAAUUAUUGAAACAUCUGUUAUUACUGUAUUUUAAUUUUUUGUAAGAAAAAACGUUUACAUAUACAAAUCACUGAAUAUGA